AUGACGGCAGUAAGUUCUCCUGAAGUGCGAAAGCAACGACAACAAUUAGCAUAUGCAUUACAGGCACUCAAAGUAUACAAUCCAGACUUUGUCUUGACUCCUGAAGUACAAGAAAUCAUGCGUGCUUUUUUUGUAGAUUUACAACCAGAUGAACACGGAACUAUCACGCGUGGUGCAUUAGCAGAUGAGAUUGCGCGAUUAGAUCCAAGUAUUGAUACAAAACGAUGUGUGCGACAUGAUAUGAUACUACGACGUGAAGAGCGUUUGGAUUUUAUUGCUUUUUGUGAUUGGGUAAUGCGUUGGAAGGUACAAAAUCCGCAAUCUGUACAAAAUGUUUACACAUCAUGGGCAAGACAACUUGCAGCUUUGGAUUUUGGCAUGAGUGAAGGUGAUAGUCUAUUUUUAGAUUUAAAACCGGAAGAUGAACCAUCCAAUGAAAUGCUUGCAAUGGAAAUUAUACAAUUAUUGCAAAUUCGACAAAAAGCAAAAGUCUUACAGAGGUUGCACGAAGGUAGCAACCACGACAAGAGUCUCAAGUAUGAUGACAACUAUGAUGCAUCUCUUACUAGUAAUGGUAUUCAUCCAGUCGAUACGUUUGAAAUAGAUACAGCAAAAAUACACCAUGUUGAUAAUGUCAACAUAGUGAACAAGAGAUCCUCCAUGCAGACCGUGUCUAAAUCAUUUCUCGCAGGAGGAAUGGCGGGUAUUGUAGCCAAGUCAACGUUAGCACCAUUGGAUCGCGUCAAAAUUUUAUUCCAAGUCAAUGACCAGCGAAAAUUCAGUUUUCGCAAUGCUGCUCGGAUGGCUAAAAAUAUUUACGUUCAUGAUGGUUUCCAUGCACUCUUUCGAGGCAAUAUGCUGAAUAUUCUGCGAGUAGUCCCUUAUGCAGGACUGCAGCACGCAGGGUUUGAUUUUUUUAGGCAUAGAUUCCAUGCGUACAAUUACCAGAAUGCCGAAAAAGACGGGAUUGAUGAGGUGCCAAAACUUAGUAAUUUACAGUUGGUGACGGCUGGGUCACUGGCAGGAGGAAUCUCUUUGGUUUUAGCAUACCCGCUGGAUAUUGUACGAGCGAGGUACAUGGUACAAAUGGGAAAGCAUCGUUACACUAGUAUCUACGACGCUGUCAUGACAAUGUACAAGGUAGAUGGUGUACGGUCGUUUUCGCGCGGACUUGUGCCGUCCUUGUUAGGCACGCUGCCGUACACUGGAAUCGGAUUUUCGCUGAAUGAACGAUUUAAGAUAUGGACGCUUGAGUUUCAGAGUCGUCGAUUGGAACAGAAAUGUGGAAUAAGUGCACCCGAGCCAAGUCUAAAUGCGCUGACCAAGUUUGUGUGCUCGUACUUUGCGGCAUGCAUUGCACAAACGAUCACAUAUCCGCUGGACACCAUUAGAAGGCGAAUUCAAACGGACGGCUAUGUCACGAAAUCUCAGGCAAAACUGCAAUACACUGGUGUGACUACUACUGCCCGAAUCAUUUUAGCACGUGAAGGCUGGCGGGGCCUGUUCAAGGGUGUGUCAGUGAAUUGGAUGCGAAGCCCCGUAUCAACCGGCAUUAGCUUAACGACGUAUGAUGUAUUGAAGGAGCUAAUGGGAGUCGAAAAGAUAGAGUAA